GGACUGUAGUUGGCAUCAAGCUAUCAGCUUAUCCUUAGGUCGCUGGUUCGAAUCCGGCAGGUCGGAUCUUUUUUGCCUCUCCAAUCUUUUUGAUUUCUUUACUUUUUGUUGUUCUCGGAUGUGAAGAUCAAAAGGAGAGAAGUCGUCGCUGUGCUUCAACUCGAUCCAGCAUCUUCACUCCAUCUAUGGCAAGCUCAUUGAGGUUGUAUUUGACUUGCAUACGAAACACUUUAGAGGCCGCCAUGUGUUUGCAGAACUUCCCUUGUCAAGAAGUUGAAAGGCAUAACAAACCCGAAGUUGAGAUGAAGACCAGCCCGGAACUUCUGCUCAACCCUGUUUUGAUUUGUCGAAAUGAGGCUGAAAAAUGCUUGAUUGAAACUUCUAUUAAUUCACUACGCAUAAGCCUUAAGGUAAAGCAGGCAGACGAGCUUGAAAACAUCCUGACCAAAAAGUUCCUUAGAUUUUUGUCGAUGAGGGCAGAAGCUUUUCAAGUAUUACGGAGAAAGCCAGUACAGGGUUAUGAUAUUAGUUUUCUCAUCACUAAUUACCACUGUGAAGAGAUGCAGAAGUACAAGCUUAUUGACUUCAUUGUGCAAUUCAUGGAAGAUAUCGAUAAAGAGAUAAGUGAACUGAAGUUGUCAAUGAACACAAGAGGAAGGCUAGUGGCAACAGAAUUUCUGAAGCAAUUCAUCUGAGAACCAUCACCUUGUACAUCAUAUAUAUGUUUCAGACUUGUUUUGUUCCAAGCGGGGCAGGGGCAGGGGCAGGGGGCAGGGGGCAGGUAGGUUUGUUUCAAGGACUUCCUUUGUAGUAUUUCUAUAUGUUAUACCUUGCAGUGUGUAUUACAGGUUUUUGUGUGAGAAUAUGUGAAACCUUAUAUUAAUUUGUGAAAGAGCUUUUGAGGAG